UCAUUAUGUCUACUGUGUCACCGUUCCGCGUUCCGUCUUUCUGAUUGUUACAAGAAUCCCUGGGACUGUGAUCUACAGCCCAUUGAUAUCAGUGGAAAAAAUCUGUUUUACUUCCAGAAGUGUAGGAAAAGUCCUACACUCUACCACCCAGCUUUCUCUUUAGGCCCAGAACAUCCAUUAGGUAACAAAGGAAUGACUGCCAUGUUCUUAAGGCACUUUGGUUACCGUAGAAGCUGUACUACAUCUUAAAACAAAUUGCUUUCCCAAUCUGCCAUUACAUCUUCAUGAACAGGUUAUAUUAAGACAGAGAAAAAAGACCUUGCUAUUAUUAUUUAUUUCCCUAGCCAUUUCAAAAGGCACUUUACAAAAGAACACUGUGUAUAACAUGCAUUCUUUGCUAAUCAACAGGGUAUGAUUUCAGUCAGUUUACAAAAAACAGGAAUAAGCCUGGGUAAAUUGCACUUGGUUCCUAGGUUGAUGGAUGGCAUUACAAUGAUAUUUUUGUGUUUCUGUUUGAUACUUAAAAACAGAUACACAUAAAAGCAAGGCGGCUUGAUAAGAUAUGUGGUAAUACCCCUCCAACAACCACAGUGGAACAUAGAAGGCUUUAAUGAAAAUGAGGCCUUAGCAUGAUUGUUUCUGGGGUGGUCCAGUCAUUCUGAUGUACUGGAAUACUCAGUCCUCUUGAAAAUUGUGCAGGGUUUGUUAUUUUUUUCAUCUUCUUCCCCAAGCAGGGCUCUUGGAUGAGACUGACUUCUGGUUCUGUACUUAUUGUGGCUCCAGAACUUUUAUGCGAUCAGAUUCUGUGUCAGAGGAAUAAGGAAUAUGUUAUCCCACUGCAGUGCAGCUGCCCAAUAGACUUUGAAUUCCACAUUGAUUUUAUUCAGCCUCACAGAGCGUUCACCGUCCAACCGAUAUCAGGAAUCAUUCCAGGAAAUGGGAAAGAGGAAGUAAUUGUGAAAUAUUCACCCCUUGAGUAUGGAACAGCACAAAUGAAAAUGCAGUUACUGAUUUCACAGUUCCACUCAAAACCCUAUGUAUGUGUGUUCACAGGAACAUCAACACCCCAUCUGGGUCAAAUAAAAGAACAAUUUGAAAAACAACAAAAGCGUCCAGAGAAAAAAGCAGUGUCUGUUGGAAAAUCACUGGUGUGGAGAAGAGACAAAUUCAGCCUACCACGAUCUAAGGCUAUUCAAAAAGUAAAGGAAAUUGAAUACCAGAACCUGAAAUUCCCCACGGACUUGUCAAAUCCAUAUGCUGUAGCUACUGUUUUGAAUCAGGAACCAGGCAAAUUGAAGAUUAAGAACUUGAAAGAAGUCCUUUGCCAAGGCAAUGAAGGAAUAAAAACAAGGCAGAUGAAGGAAGCCAUGUUUGAGCUAAAAGUCAAACAAAACAUUAAGGAAGAGGAAGCAAAUAAUCUGAAGUGGCAAGUUCGUAAAGGCAAAGAUCCAAUAUCUGCAGAAUUUAAAAGAGAGGUUAUUGAAAAUCGACAGAGGGAAGAAGAGCAAUAUAAGAUCCAAAGAGGAGAUCCUAUCAUAGAAAAGGAGUUUCAAAGGAACAAAGUAGAGGUUUCUUCCAGACGUGUUUUCCGGCUUGUUGGGCAGCAUCCAAAUGUUCAUCCCACAUUUGACUUGCUCCGUAAUGACCCUUGGGCAAACAGAAAAAGGAUGUUGAGGAAAUUCCAACAAGCAGCAUACAAGGUUAUGAUUCAGUCUCGCCUAAAUCAUUUACUGCUUCUGUUCCGUGGGCUGACAAGGGAAGACAAAGGUUUGGAGGAAGGCUUUAUAUCUGAAAAUGGGAGUUUCAGCCAAACAGAGAAGAGUGAAGAAUCCAAAGGCAUUUCUUCCAGCAUAUCUGAAGAUCGAAUGUUACCUUCUCAAUUCCCCUUCUACAGUUCCCUCAAAUUAUGCCGUGAUUUGGAACCUGAUGCCCAUGGCCCAGUUCCUGUCAAACCUAUAGAUGUGAAAAUGAAACGCUUUCUUCCCUCUUACAGCCUGAAGAUUCCUCAGCAUUUCAGCAUCAUAAAGUAUCAGCCAUUUCGUGCACACCGUACAGCUGCAAGUUAUAAAACUCGAAAACUUUACCAAGCUCUGAGACAGGGAGCCCAGGAUGAGUUGGUUCAAGUAGUUGCUUCUCCUAAGGACUAUCACAAGCCAUCAUCUGAAGAAGUAGCAGAAAGAGAUAUCAGCCUUUUAAAAUUGGUUCCUCCCCAAGCUUUAGUCUACCCUACAGAGAGCAACCCUCUUCGCAUUUUUAACCCCACUCCAGGAUUGUUUCCACUUUUACCUCCUUUAACUUACUGUGAAACAAAUAUUGAAUAUCAUCUUUGUCCUCAUCCGAAAUAUACCUUUACCAAGGAAUGCCCCAAAGGAUCCAGUAUUCCAAUCACACAAAAAAAGUUUCUGCAUCACAAGGAAGUGAUUUGUGGAGUAAUGGACUGGAGACGAUUCUUACCAGUGGUGUAUUUGACCUUUCCUAACGCUCCCAUAUCAACAACUACAACAUGUAGGGAUCCUUACAGUUCAGAUAUGCUUCCAAGAGAUGUGCCACCAGUGCUGCGUAACUUCUCUGAGAGAGACAGAGAGAAUAUAAUUGACCUUGGGACAGAUGAAACUGAAUUUGAAGUGCUUCUUACUCCAGAGAUGCUGAGUGCUGAAUUUCCACAAAUAGAGCAGAUGAUCUCAGAAGAAGACAAAAUAAAAUCAGCAAAAGAAGAAAGAGACCCACACAAACAUCCUGAUGGAAAUUUUCAACCCCAAGACAGCGGACUCAGAGAAAGGGUUCAAAAACAGAUGGAGAAGAUGAAGAUGAAAGCACUAAAUAAAGCCCUUAUUCUCGAAUAAUUUUAUGAAGUCUGUGGUUUGGUACAAUUUACCCUGUAAAUAUGUGAGGCCUCCUGUGUCACAGUUAUAUCUACUUGUGUUCAGUGAGUUCAGCAGCUACUUAUGCAAAGAAAAGAGAACCACCAGCCAUGUUACUUCUACCAAGAACUCUGUGUGGUAACUUCCCCAAACACAGCAACUGCUCCUAUGACAACCCUCAGCCACGUGCCUGCUUAUUUUUUUAAUGGUGUGAAGGAUCAGAGAACCACAGUAUUACCUUGUAAAUAGUUUGGUAAUUAAUCUAUAGCUCAUUGUUUUAAAAUAAAAUUUGAGAAGCACUAAUAAGCAAAUCCUUCAGAUUGUUGUUGUUGUUAUUGCCUAUCUUGAAUUUUUGCAAGUAUGUCAGUCUUGACUCUAAAUCAUAAACUUGAGAUUCUUAAUGAAAGGGAAGACUUGAACACUGUUGCUAUCCAUAAAGAUAAUGCCUAAGGAGAUUUAAUUAGUUCAGGUGUUUGAUCGAAUGCACAGAUCUCUUGACAAAAGGGGGUGUGGAUUGGAGUGAUGAACUCCAGAGCUUCAGGAGAGAAUUCUGAUGCUCCGGAUAUAUUCUGUAGGAAAGUAGAUUUCUCAGCAUAUCACUUUUCAACUGAGAUUUCUUGUGGGCAAGCUGAA